UAUUAAGCUAUGAUUCUAUGAAUUCGUGAGCUAUGUUCUUAUCAUUAAGUGUAGAGUAAGUUACUAAUAAUUUUAACUAAAGUGAGGAAGUGUUGUAGAUUAUUAUUUCAUUCAUCAUGCAGUGCGAAUAGCUAUUUUCUUACAACGACUAGACAUGCUUAGUCUACGCCUAGACGAGAUAGGCACAAGACAAAGCCUCAAUACCCGCCUUAUGCCUAACGCCUUUUUGAACCUUGAUUUUUACCAUACUCGGAAGUCGGAAGGCCCGGACUAAAUGUUUCCUUCAUUUAAAUGAAAAUAAAUAAAGAAAUAAAUAAACAAAAUUUCUCGCCGCUGAUCUGUAAAAUGGCCCACUAGCCUGCAAAAUUGGCAUUGAUAAAGAAAGCAGACCAAUCCCUUUGAAUUGUAAGAGGUGACCUUAGAGAUGUCUUUGUUUAUGCUACAUAAAGCAGAAAGUCUUUAUUUGAUUUAAUUUACUAAUACCGUUGACGCCGACCAGUACGCGGUAGACGACGAUUGAGAUGGGCAAAGAGUCGCUCGACCGGCAAGUCUUUUAUAUCCCGUUGCCUCUUAUCUUCCAUGAUAUCAAUUAGUUCUCUGUUUGUUGAUAACUACAUAUCCAAAAAUGCCUUCAGAAGGUUACAGGACGGAGCUGAAACUCGUGUCGUCGGCCAACGACGUCUGGGGCGCAAUCUUCGCCGCCACGAGAAUUUACCCGGCGGUCCUUCCCAACAUCUACGAAGAAAUCACAUCCACCAGGCGGGAUGGUUUCUCUGAAGGCUCGAUGCGGAAGAUAACUUAUGGCCCAGGUUUCAAGGCGGUGAGGAUGGCGAUGGAAGAGAUCACUGAAGUGGACCACGAGAAGCGGACGGUGAGUUGCUCGGUGGAAGACGGGGAGUUUGUGACCAAGCACUACCGGAGCUUCAAGACCACGACGACGGUGGCGCCGCUGCCGAACAACGAGGGGCCGAGGGACCCAGGGUGCAUUGUGAAGUGGAGUUGUUCGUAUAUCAACGCUGCGGGUAGCUUGAGCCCUGACGUGGUUAAGGAUCUCAUGCACGAGACCUUCGAAGGCUUAGACAACCAUCUCCAGAGGCUUAUUCACUCCAAAGCAGCACGAUCAUGAAUGUAACUAACUAACUAACUGCAAAGUGUGUCUUAUUGUUGCUCUUCAAUCCAGUAAUAAAAGCUAAUUCUCGUCUUUUAAACUAUUUAAUAUGAUAAAUAUGGUAUGAACUAUAUGUAUUUCGUGACAUUUGUGUCAUGACGUCUUAUGUUGACCGUUAAAGAUAACAGUUGAUCGGACGAAAUUCAAAAUAUUGUUAACUUUUACUGAUGUGGCAGAAACGUGACAUCCACAUAGAUGCCAGCAUGUCAUUAUUUAAAUUCAAAACUAUAUUAUAUUAUAAUAUGAAAAAUAUAAAAUUAUUAGAAAAUUAAAAUACAAAAUUGUUAAGUUAAAAAAAAACAUAUGUAGAAAAAAAUUAGGAAAAUGAAACAAACAAUCUCCACCGAUGCUCAAUCUGCUUCUUUGUCUUCUCUAGCAAAAGCACGAUUGCUGCUUCUUCAUCUUUUUCGGCGGAAGCAAGGAUGCUUCAUCUUCCUCUUUCUCCAAGCAAGCUAGAUCCAGGCCCUGUCAAUUAAAUAGAGAAGCUCGAACCAACGUGGUCCCCCCUUCUUCCUCCUCCCAAGCAACCCACAGAUGACAACUCCCUCUUGAACGACGACGGUGGUUAUCACCCGACCAUGAUAAUCCUCAGCAGACCGUGAAGACUUUAAGUGAAAUUGUGCAUUUUUGCUCGACAUCACGGACAAGGCUUCGAUAUCACGCCCGUGAUACGUGACCGUGAUGCGUGCACGACGUGGGUAUAGAAGGAGAGUGGAGCUGAAACUUGAGGGGGAGGGGAGAUCCUAACGAGAGAUUGUGUUCUUCUUCUUCAUUCUAUGAUUUUAAAGAGAGAAACUGACAAACCAAGAGAGGAGAAGAAGUCUAGUGUUUGCUCCAAACUUGAGGAUUGAGAAUUUUCAUCAUCCAAGGGUGAUUCCAACAACAAGGAAGGAAGUCAAACACCACAUCAUGAUUCUUUCUCUCUUCUUUGUUGUAGCCCCUAGUUUAGCUAGGGAUAGUGCUCUUUUUCACUUGAGUAUUGUGAACCCUAGCCUAGAAAUGUAGUAGGUUGUUGAAUUUGAAAUCUAUAUGUGUUGAUUGUGUGUCUUAAUAUAAUGCUUGAAGUAUUUUCAUGAUUUGUGAGUGUUGAGUUUAUAUCUCAUUUGGGUCAAAUUAACCUAGAAGGAGAAAAUCCCCUCCUUGCCCACUUCUUGGAAAAUUGGGUUACCACUUCUAGGGCAAUUGAGAACACACCUCAAGCAUCGAUUUAACGUCAUGAUUUGAUUGUGACUUAUCGCUCUAUCGCCAUUCCAGAUUAACCUCCAAUGGAUUGGCCAACUGAUUGAGAGAACUAGGUUCACUAGCUUAAUUGCUUUUCCUUAAUCGAUUGCCUAAGAGGGUGGAAUUCUCCACUUAAUUGCACCAUCCUCAGGUAUAAAAACACACUUCUUCG